GGCGCAACAGACUCAUCGUGGUAAAUGUAAACGGUUUAUAGGAUAGAGGUUGUAAGUGAGCAUUUCACAGCGAAUGUUACGCUUGAUGAAUUGUUUUCGUUUACCAGCUAACGUUACAUUUACAGGAUUAAGCGACACUUUAUGACAAUAGCAUAGGGUAAACACAAUGAUUUCGUCAAGGACAGAGCAUGUUAUACUAUGUCAGAUUCCUAAACCAACCUAAUGAAACAGCACAUGAAACGUUUAGUAUUAGCAUCUUAAAGUUAUGCUGCCAUCCAUUUAUCGUGGGAUAUGGGGAGCUGCUGUCCACACACUAAGGACAAGCAGAGGAACUCCACCUUGCAGAUUCUUAUCCACCUGCGAUGAAGUCCCGGUUGGACUGGCAGAUGCUGAGAGCAUCUUUGCCUUAUCAUCAGGCCAUGGCAGGUGUGGGGUGGCUGUCGUCAGAGCCAGUGGUCCAGCCUCAGCCACAGCUCUGAGAUGUAUGGUGGGGCUCUCACGCAGCCUUCCUCCUCCACGCACCGCUCUGUUACGCAGCAUCAGAGACCCCCAAUCAAAAGAAGUUCUGGACCGUGGACUUGUCUUUUGGUUCCCAGGUCCUCACAGUUUUACAGGAGAGGAUAGUGUGGAGUUCCACAUCCAUGGCGGCCCUGCUGUGAUUACUGCUGUCUUACAGGCUCUAGGAAGUGUGCCUGGCAUGAGGCCUGCUGAAGCUGGUGAGUUCACUCGGAGGGCCUUUCAAGCAGGGAAACUGGAUUUAACAGAGGUGGAGGGGCUUGGAGAUCUGAUCCAUGCUGAGACAGAGGCUCAGAGAUGACAGGCUCUGAGGCAGAUGUCAGGAGAGCUCGGGUACCUUUAUCAGGACUGGACCCACAAACUGAAACGGUGUCUGGCUCAUGUUGAGGCCUUCAUAGACUUCAGUGAAGAUGAAUUAAUUGAGGAUGGGGUCUUAAACCAAGUGGACCGAUGGGUGUGUGAUCUGCAGGCAGAGAUGGAGCGCCACCUAAAAGACGAGAGGAGGGGCGAGCGGUUACGCAGCGGAGUCCAGGUGGUCAUUGCAGGAGCCACCAAUGCAGGGAAAAGUAGCCUUCUUAACACACUCUGCCAGAGACCUGCAGCAAUUGUGUCUCCCAUUGCUGGCACCACCAGAGACAUAGUAGAGACGGCACUGGACAUCGGGGGAUUCCCUGUCCUCUUGAGUGACACCGCCGGCCUCAGGGAGAGCCCAGACUUGGUGGAGAGAGAGGGGGUCCGCCGAGCUCGGGAGAGAGUGGAACAGGCAGAUCUGACGCUGGUUGUUGCGGACUGUGCUCACCUCCCCUCUGAUGCACAGCAGGCUGCAGCCUUCCUUCAGGAGCACCUCAGGAGUGUCCUGCCCACCCAGGAGCAGCCUGAGUCGGUAUUUCCUGCAGACAGGUAUGUGCUGGUGCUGAACAAAAUUGACCUGCUGCCUGAGGAGCAGAGGCAGAAGCUCGACAGGCAGCUAAGACGAGUCCCUGGAUUCCCUCCUGUCUGUCUGAUCUCCUGCCAAACUAAUGAAGGACUGCAUGACUUUCUCACAGUGCUGCACAACAGUGUGAAAGCUUUGUGUGGCGACCCUCUGUCUGGUGCCCCCACCUUGACCCAGGCCCGCCACAGGGCCCACCUGCAGCAGUGUUUUGCGGCCCUGGCUCAGUACCAGCGGUACCGUGACCUCGACCUUGCUCUAGCAGCCGAAGGUGUUCGUUUGGCUCUCACCAGCCUGGGCCGGAUCACUGGACGUGUCGGUGCAGAGGAGAUCCUAGAUAUCAUCUUCAAAGAUUUCUGCAUUGGAAAAUGACCAAAUGAGUGUCUGUGAAAACAUGAAGUAUGUGCCUGCUCAGAAAGGAAGGCUGCAUUCUUGCUUAUUCCCAGAGUGUCAGUAAAGAAUACAAGACAAAAAGAGCAGCACCUCGGCACCUUGCCAGGCUUCGAGGCAAAGCAAAAGUGUUAAGAGUAAAAUAAGCGCUCUUGACUGCAGGGUCAUUUUGCUCCCAAGACACAGACAUCUUUGUUUUCUGUUAAUGCUCUGCAACAGACCGAAAUAGUUUGAACUUGAUGACAGGUGCCUCUGAGGCCCCGUGUGCUGGCCAAGUGUUUGGCAAGUCUUGAGUAAUGUAAAAUUAGUUAUUGAAAGCCUUUGAUAGGUGAACAUUGGGCUCUUGGGCCGCAACAUUACAGCCAAGAUACCUACAGUAAGAACAAGCCAGCUGCAGACCUGUGAAGGACAUGGUCUAAAAAUGUGGAUGUUUACUUAAACUGCAGGACAAUGAAUUUCCUUUUUUUGGGGGUUGGGGGGGACAUUCUAAUAAUGUUAAUGUACCAUAUGUUGUUUUAUUUACUCAAUUAUCUUCUUUUCAUUCUUGUAUGGCCUUGAUACAGGUUGCAAGUUACUAGAAGGUCAAGUUUAUAUAAUUUACAAAGAAAUAGGACAUUUGUAAAGCUAUUUAAAAUUUGGACAGUAGUUAUUCCAUGCAACAUGUCACAUCAGGUCUUGAUGUGUAGUAAGGGGAUAAUAACAAAUAAAAUGUUAUGUCAUGACUGAAUCCAAAAAGAGAAACAUAAAAAAUCUUAUAAUCAAUAAGUGGUGAUCAUCUUUAAACCUGCAUUCAUUUCAGAAUUUUGACAAAUGUAGUGCAACAACAGUUUGAAUUGGUGAGGUCUAAAUCCUACAUUUCAAUUCCAGCUUCAACAAUAAAGCACAUUAUAAUGUAUACAACGUUUGGAUCAGAGUGCUCCGCUCCCCUCUCUGCUCUGUGGGAAGGGGACGUUUUUGGAGGCAAUGCUUUUUCGUGCCCUUUGUUCCCCUGUCAAUCUGAGCCCGAUCAAAUAUUUAUGUUUCCUCGUUGAACUUCUCACCCUUCUUCCCCAGGCGGUUUCUUCUCUGACGACAGUUGCCCUGCUGUACUUCAGCACCGUCUCGCUAUCUUUUUCUCUCUCUCCACUUUGUCUCUGCUACCUGACCUUUCCUCUUUCCGCACUGCCCUGUCAGCCUUUUGGUCCUCUUUCAUGUCCCCCCUGAUUAAUCACCACACAGGGGGAGUUUGAAGCUAAAAGCAGGAAUUGCUGUCGUACAAUUAGUGGCAAUAAAUUUUGGAGCCUGGUUUGUCUUUGAAGUAGGGCCUGUGACAUUUCUUUACCACAGAUGUGAAAAGAUGUGUUAUAUAAUAAUUUCCAUUACAAUACCUUGAUUUUGUACUGUAUUUCCAUACCAAAACAAUAUUUAUUUCGAUAACUUAUUUUCAGAAAGUUAUUCUGAUUGGUCUACAACUUUAAGUUUUGAAAUGUUUUAACAAUAUUAUAUGGACUGCAAGGAAGUUUGUCAAGGUCCCCAGAGGAUGUCUCUCAAAUGUGUGUGUAUAAGUUGAACGGUUACGGUUUGCCACCAAUAUUUAAUACAGAUGAUGAUAUGCACUUCACAACCGUCCAGUUGUCCAAUACUACAAACUCGCUUCAACUGUGCUUUCUGUUUCAAGCUUCUUAGAAAAUGUCAUUAAGGUAACAUAUAGAUAUUAAACAUCAGCAUGUAAGUAUCAUCCUUAGCAGCCAUUUGGCUUGUCAUAUGUAAAAAGAUGUUUAGGGAAGAAAUAAAAUAAACCUAAAGCAAUAUAAAAACACAUAAUUAAAGUAAUUAAGAUUAUUAAAAUGUUAACACACAAUAGUAAGAUUUAACAGCCAGUUUUAUCUAAAUUUCAUCUAAUACAUGUUAAGGUUUUUUACUUGAUUACUGGAUGGCGCUACAGGAGAAAUCAUAGAAUCACAAAAGCGAUAAGGAAUCAUGCAUGUAACAAAUUUCACUUAAAUCCACCAAUACAUGGCAUUCCUUGUAAUAGUUGUUUGCGAUAUUUCAAUCUGGACCAAUGGGGAAUAGACAGAAAACAAGGCAAAAGUAAAAUAAUGACAGUGUAAAUAGUUUAAUUAUAAAACGCAACUGAAUGUGUACACUUAUAAGUGAGUUAAAUAAAUGGACAACAUUUAAAAGAUAUUGAUGCUAAUAACUCAUUCCACUUUUUUCUUAUUGUGGAAAUGUUAGUCAUGACUUGGUUCACAGCUCACUCAGUGGCGGUACUGUAAGCUUUCUGUCUGUCUGUUUCCUGUAGUUAUGAUUAAUGGCUGUCCGGAGGAGUGAGGUUGACGUAGCCAUGUCGAGUACAGUCAGUUCCACCCUGUACCCAUUUGACUUAAAGUCGAGGUCUGUGUGGGUCACUGUGCCUGCGUGUGUGUUCAGGUCUAUACACUUGGUGUUAAACAAAGGAUUUCCUGAGAACAAGAGGCAGACUGACUUACCUGUAACACUCACAUCCAUCAGUGGAGUCAUUCUCAAUGCGCAAUUAAAGCUUGCCAGAAAGAAAACAGUAAGGAAUUAUAAAAUAAAACACGAGAAUUGCUAAUGAAUCGCUUCAUGAAAGUUUUAGAUUUAGAUUUGAAAAGAGGUAUAUAAAUGAGUCAUCACAUUUCAUAGUGAAAUAUUUGUUUAAAAUAAAAAAAAUGAAACUUUUCAAUGGAAAAAAGAUUACUUUUCAAUUAAAUAUUCCUAUUAAAUAACAAAAACUCUGAAAUUAAAUGAAAUUAUGUGUGUCCUACUCAUCCAGCUUUGGGAUACAAUGCUUCAUCAAUUUGGAGUCUUUAUGUCACAUGACUGAAGAUUUUGAAAAGAAAUGCAACUUUUUAGUUGGUGAAAAAAAAUUAUUUACUUUUCAACAAGAAAACAGCUGAAUUUUCAAAGUUUAUUCAUAUAAUUUAGAAAUUCAAAGAAAAAUAACAAUUCAUAGAUGGCUUCCCUACAUGUCAAGUGUCCUUUCUACUUUGAUUUGGAGGCACUGGGUCAAGUAGUCAAGACAUUACAGAUAAUGCCAUAAACAAGUCAGAACAAAUAGAAUGUGAUGUGAUAGGUUAUAGUGUAGUAGUAAAAUUCAUUAAAAAUGUAACUGUUACUCUGGGUUUCAGCAUAUGAAGCAAAUUGUUCAUAAGGGAGGAUUGAAAGGGGGAAACAGAUGCAGAAAAAGCAUGGAGUCAUGCGGCCCAGGGUCUCACAGCUCAUCGUUCUCGGCUUAUGAAAGGAAAAGGAAGUAGUAAAGCUUUAGAACAGUUCCUAUAACAGCUACCGUAGUAGAGUGUUAAAAUGCUGUGUAAAAUGGCAAUUAUUCAUUUAUUACUCAAAUGUACUUUACUUUACUAAGUAAUUGAAAACUAACUACCUAAGAUAUGCUAAAUAUUUUCCUUCUGAUUUCUGGCACCCAAAUAUUUACGACUGCUAGCGAGUCCAGGGAUGUGAUGAUGUAUUUAUGACUUUGUCUCUGUAUGUAUUGUCAUCCGGCCUGCGGAAGAAAUUCAAACAUUAAAUUCUGUGUUAGUGGAUGCUAUUUUAAGAGUAUUCUGUUUAUAGCAGACAGUAAGCAGCUGCUGGCAGAAGUCCUGUCUGAGUGUUUGUUGAAUUUUUAACGAUGGAGAGACGAAACAAGACUGAGGGCAAUACAGUUCAGGAGUGAGUCAGUUUGUGGUUCAUUUUAAUUCCAAAUAAAAGAUUUACAGUAUUACAAAAAUAACAAGAACAAUAUUUACACCAGUGUAAUUGACAUUUUUACAUUUACCUUGGAUGGUACCAAGGCUUUUCAACCAAUGUUUAAACUUAAACACACGUAAAUAUUCUAUUCCAAGCAGAGCUAAACAAAGCAUGCGUAGUCCAACAACAGCAUGUCAUCUAUAUGGACUCUUUAUUAUGUACACAUUAAAGUUUGUUGUAUAAGGAAUAUAUACAUGUCUUUCUUUGAUUUUUUAAGGGCAAAGUGUUGAUCAAUGUUUCUUCGGUUAUCAGUCUGCAAGUUCAUUUCAUCUCACCUGUAAGACAAAACAUUGAUAAU